AUGGUUGGUCGCGAAGAAAUUCAGCUCACGAAAGAGAUGGCUGAUGAUAUUUUAUAUGCUGGCGAUGCUCCUAUCAAUGAAGCGUCUAUGCAUGUGUUGAUAUCUGGACCAGCACUCGCAAUUUGUUUCAGACUGCUUGACACAGACAAACAUUUCGUUUCCCUUGUCCGCAAAAUACUGUAUGAAGAUUUAACACCCAUUGACGAUAGUAAGCCCCUUGAAAUGCAACUGCCACAGAGAACGGCCUACGAUUACUACAAAACAUACAGUUUAACGAAGGAAGAGAUACUAAAGAAACGUCGUGAGGAAAUUAUUAAAAGAAAGGAGGAGGAAAGGGAAAAACGAGCAAGAAGACUGUCGGAAAUGCAGCGUCUAGCUAGACAAGCUAUUGAAGACACCAUUGAAGCAAGGAGAGCGGAAAAAGAAAAAAGAAAACUAGAGCUGCUUAAAGCUGGGAAUUUAUCAGCUCUGGAGACAUUGAAAGAGGAACCAGAUGAUGAAGAAGUGGAUAUCACUAUACCGGAGGAGCUAUCUGAGGAAGAAGAAGAGAGUUCGGAGGAAGAAUGUGAUGACGAAUAUUUUCCACCAGCUGGUCUUGUGAUACCAGGGUUUUAUGCACCACCCAACGACGUAUCCAAAACUAAUGGAUUGGCUAUACUAUUCCCUAAUUUGGUGUUGGAAAAUGUAACUCCUGAGCUGGAGUUUCUUCCUCCACACGUGUUGGUUAUGCUCGACAUAACAAAACGGUAUAAAGCCAUAGAAGCGAUCUCAAAGUAUAGACGAGAGAUAAUACAUAUUGGUAUUUUUAAAGCUACAAAUCCUUAUGAUGGAGAGCACGUAGCAUUUAGUGUGAAACAGUUUGACAAAAUCGAUAAAAAAUACAAUGAGGAUCUCCUGAAAUUGGUUUUUAUGGUUUCUAUAAAGAGCGACCUGGCGCUGCUGAGUCUUGUCGAUCUGGGUCCGUAUUAUGUGAGCGCGGAUGAAACAUUUGGAGAGCUGGAAUGCGCCGCCAUGUUUGAUGUGAACUACGCCGAUGAUUAUAAUGAAUUCGAAGAUUUCACACAUUAA